CUUCGGGAUGCUGCUCCGUCAUCAGGGUGUCCAUGGAGGAGGAAGGACGAAAUCGUCGGAGGGAAUGUCGCGGUUUUUACUGCUCGAGGGAGAACCCGAACCGGUUCCUUAUUUAAACCCACGCUUUGAGAUCGGUACAAGGACAGGUGGCCACCUACGGCUGGUUUCCUGUGUGAUUUUUGUAAGGAGGGGCUCGGUUUGGUGAGGGAAGGGGAGCCGAAGGGUUUCGGAGGAGUCGUGGGGGGUUUCUUUGCCGCUUCUGCCGCCGGCGCUUCCUCUGUGGUCGUGGACGCCCGCCGCCGUCGGGUUCGACAUGAGGACCAACGCGGUUUUCAGUCCACGCCCGUCUUCUGCCGUCUUUCUCCACCAUGCGCCUCCUCGAUGCUCCACAGAUUGUUCUUUUCGAAACCUUAUACCCAUUAGCCAAGCUACUGCCCCACGUCGACAAGACGGCAAGAUUGGGGGAUGCUCCUCUCCUGGUCGGCGGAGGGUUGUUUCUGAGAGGAUACGAAAGGGUAGAUACAAGAACCAAAUCUUUGCUUCCGUAGCAGAUGUCUCUCUUGAGCAGUCCAUAGUUGAUUCUCCUAUUCCAAGAGGUGACAUGUGGUCUGUUCAUAAAUUUGGUGGGACAUGUAUGGGAACCUCCAAAAGAAUUCAGAGUGUUGCUGACAUUAUCCUGAGUGAUUCUUCUGAAAGAAAGUUAGUAGUUGUUUCUGCAAUGUCAAAGGUGACAGACACGAUGUACGAUCUGGUAAACAAGGCUUCAUCAAGGGAUGACUCUUAUAUAACAGCAAUUGACAAUGUUUUUGAGAAGCACAUGUUAACAGCAAAGGAACUUCUUGAUGGAGAGGAUCUAGCCAGAUUCUUAUCUCAAUUGUAUAAUGACAUCAGUAACCUGAAAGCAAUGCUUCGUGCCAUUUAUAUAGCUGGUCAUGCCACAGAAUCUUUCUCAGACUUUGUUGUCGGUCAUGGAGAGUUAUGGUCUGCUCAAAUGUUGUCAUAUACAAUAAAAAAGCAUGGGAAGCCUUGCUGUUGGAUGGACACAAGAGAUGUCCUUAUUGUAAAUCCUACCAGUUCCAAUCAAGUUGAUCCUGAUUAUACUGAAUCAGAGAGAAGACUUGGGAAGUGGUUUGUUCAGCAGUCUGCUGAUAUAGUCAUUGCUACUGGGUUCAUUGCAAGUACACCUCAAAAUAUUCCCACUACUUUGAAGAGAGAUGGAAGUGACUUUUCAGCUGCCAUACUAGGUGCUCUUGUUAGAGCUCGGCAAGUCACCAUCUGGACUGAUGUUGAUGGUGUAUACAGUGCAGAUCCGAGAAAAGUUAGUGAGGCUGUGAUAUUGAGGACAUUGUCUUAUCAAGAGGCAUGGGAAAUGUCAUACUUCGGGGCAAAUGUUUUGCAUCCACGCACAAUUAUUCCAGUGAUGAAUCAUGCCAUUCCUAUACUGAUCAGAAAUAUUUUUAAUCUCUCUGCCCCUGGAACAAUGAUCUGCCAGCCACCUGUGAAUGAAAAUGGAGAUAAAAGGAGCUUGGAGUCUGUUGUCAAAGCAUUUGCUACUAUAGAUAAUUUGGCGCUUGUUAAUGUUGAAGGAACUGGAAUGGCUGGUGUUCCUGGUACAGCUAGUGCAAUUUUUGGUACUGUAAAAGAUGUUGGAGCUAAUGUUAUCAUGAUUUCUCAGGCAAGCAGUGAGCAUUCUGUUUGCUUUGCUGUGCCAGAAAAUGAAGUCAAAGCAGUUUCGGCAGCCUUACACUCUAGGUUCCGACAAGCUUUAGAGGCAGGAAGACUUUCUAAGGUUGAGGUCAUUCCUAGAUGUAGCAUUUUGGCUACAGUUGGCCAGAAAAUGGCUAGCACCCCUGGAGUUAGUGCUACUCUUUUUGAUGCCCUGGCGAAGGCUAACAUAAAUGUACGAGCUAUUGCUCAAGGUUGCAGUGAAUACAACAUAACUGUGGUGCUGAAGCAAGAAGAUUGUGUUAGAGGUUUAAGGGCUGCUCACUCAAGAUUCUACCUCUCGAAAACAACAUUAGCCAUGGGUAUCAUUGGACCAGGUUUAAUUGGGGGAACAUUGCUUGAUCAGCUUAGGGAUCAGGCAGCAAGUCUCAAAGAAAAAUUUAACAUUGAUCUGCGUGUAAUGGGAAUUACUGGUUCAAGGACAAUGGUUCUGAGUGAAACGGGAAUAGACUUGAGCAAAUGGCGAGAAAUUCAGAAAGAAAAGGCUGAAGUGGCUGAUUUAGACAAAUUUGCAAAGCAUGUGCAUGAAAAUCAUUUUUUUCCAAAUACGGUGUUGGUAGAUUGCACGGCAGAUACAAAUGUUGCAAACAACUAUUACGAUUGGCUGCGUAAUGGCAUCCAUGUUAUUACUCCUAACAAAAAGGCAAACUCUGGACCUCUUGAUCGGUAUCUAAAACUACGGACGCUGCAACGGUUAUCAUACACUCACUACUUCUAUGAAGCAACAGUUGGUGCUGGACUCCCAAUCAUCAGCACUUUGCGGGGACUUCUUGAAACUGGUGACAAAAUCUUGCAUAUUGAGGGUAUCUUCAGUGGAACAUUGAGUUAUAUUUUUAACAACUUCGAAGGAACACGAGCUUUUAGCGAAGUGGUAUCUGAAGCAAAAGAGGCUGGAUAUACUGAGCCUGACCCGAGAGAUGAUCUAUCUGGAACAGAUGUUGCUAGAAAGGUCAUAAUUCUUGCAAGAGAGUCGGGUCUAAAGCUUGAGCUUUCCGAUAUCCCUGUCCAGAGCCUUGUCCCAGAGCCACUAAGAGCAUGUUCUUCACCUGAGGAAUUUAUGCAGCAACUGCCCAACUUUGACAAAGAACUUUCAGAGGAACGAGAUGCUGCCGAAGCUUUAGGAGAGGUGUUGAGAUAUGUUGGUGUCGUCGAUGCUGUUAACGAGAAAGGCCGUGUGGAGUUGAGGAGAUACAGGAGGGAGCACCCGUUUGCACAGCUUUCUGGAUCGGAUAACAUCAUAGCUUUCACCACCACAAGGUACAAGGAUCAGCCGCUGAUCGUCCGUGGGCCUGGUGCUGGUGCCGAAGUCACUGCUGGUGGAGUCUUCAGCGAUAUUCUGCGACUGGCGUCGUAUCUAGGUGCCCCAUCUUAAUGCCCACAUGUAAGAACACACGAGUUCUGCUUGUGUUCUUUUUGAGGUCUUCUACCACAUGUUAUUGGUAACUAGGCACACAUUCAACCUUCAUCAGGAACCAGUCGUUUCGUCGGACCUUUAGUUGCAUUGCUUGCAUGUAGUCAUUGAAGUUUAACAUGGUCCAUAUGGUUGUUAAGCUUUUGGUUUACUCUUUGUGGCCUGCAUUUACGCUUUAAUGAGAAUAAGGUGAAUGAGUCAGUGUUUCCAUACUUCA